UUCAGAUUAAAACUCAAUCCUCCAGUAAGCAGAUGGCUGGGGAAAAGCGCGCGGGGUCUCCAGUGUCACCCUCCUCCUCAACCUCGUGCCACAAUAGAUUUGUGACACUCCCCCCGACGCCCGAGGCCGCUAUAUAAGACAGGACUCCUGUCUCAGCGACCACAAACCACCGUCGACUUUCUACGAGCCCACAUCUACAAACCAAAGGCUUACAGAAACAUGACUCCCAACAUCCUUAUUGACUCCACGUACUCGUUCAGCUCCAGAAUGACUGUGGCUCAAAGGAAAGAGGCAAACGAACUGAGAAAGACUCUCAAACCUCUAAUGGAGAAAAGAAGGCGCGCGCGCAUCAAUGAGAGCCUUAACAAGUUAAAGGAGCUGAUAGUCCCUCUGGUUGGCAAAGAUACUUCUCGCUACUCAAAGCUGGAGAAAGCCGAUAUCUUGGAAAUGACCGUUAGGUUUCUUAGAGAACUCUCCUCUUCACCAGUUAAAGCCCAAGCAGACAGUUACAGAGAGGGCUAUGAAGCGUGCCUGCAGCGGGUCUCCGCGCUCCUCCCGCGCACGAGCCUCGACAGUGAAUCCUGCGCGCGCUUGCACGACUUCAUCCAGCAGUCGAAAUUCUCCAGCUCGCCAGCCUGCCGCACGUGCAGCUCACGCAACUCCAGCGCGAUCCAGCACGAGCGUCUCCUGAGCCCGAAAUCCAACAACGUCCUUCCUAGUGAAAACCUCGCGAGCGCCAUCCCUGGACCAGCUUCCGGUAGAGCUCAGGCUGCGCCACAAGCCGCCGCUCAAACCAUGUGGAGACCGUGGUAGACCACUGAACAUGUCUCGAACUCUAGAUAACGAUUCACUAUUAACUUUGUAUAUAUAUUAAAAUGUAUUAAACUGUAUUUAUUUUGACAUGCAUAAGCUAUAAGCUUUCAAAACUGGCUGUAGAAUGAGCUACGAUUAAAUAAAAGCGCCUGUAAGCACAGAUCAUGGAUAUAGAAAUAGGUAAUGUUAGUGACUUAAUGCAAUCCUCUCUGGGGUGUCAAGACAUACGGGUUGUAAACAACACAAUUGUAAACCCCAAGGGUUAUAAUGUAUUUCACGAGGUUUGCACAAUUGACUUUUGUAUAUUUGGUCCGUGCAAAGAAAUUGUAAACACUGUGUGUUAAUAAGUAGGCAGAAAUGAUUAAAAUGAAUGAAUCUAUGUGGCAUUUCAAAGUUAUUGUGAAUCAGACAACAAAAA